CAUUGAUCUAGACGAUUCCAUCAUACAAAAUUUUCAACGAGUACAGUGUGAGGAAUCAAUGAAUUGCAGAAAUACUUAGUCUCCCAGUACUCACCAUGGGUUUUUCCUCCCUCGAAUCAAGAUUUCAUUCUCUUCCUACUGAACAUUUUUGGCAAUUGACCUCAAGCUUUGAUGAGAAACAAUGGGUCAUUCAGAUUCGUCAAUCCUUAGAAGACGAAGAGCUUGAGGAGAAAGACAAUGGAGUGGAAGACAAUGAAGUUAAAGUAUGCAUAUUCAAUGUCCCCAAGCCUCUUAUGGCCAUUGAUCCAAAUUCCUAUACUCCAAAUGAAGUUUCAAUUGGUCCAUACCAUCACUGGCGCGUAGAGCUGUAUGAAAUGGGGAGGCACAAGAUUGCUGCAGCCAAAAGAGCUCAAAACCGCCUCCAAAGCCGCAACUUUCGUGACCUCGUUGAUAAAAUGACAAAGUAUGAGCAAAAGACACGGGCGUGCUACCACAAAUUCCUCAAUUUAAACAGUGAAACAUGGGCUUGGAUGUUGGCCAUGGAUGCCUCUUUCCUGCUUGAAUUCCUCCAAACGUGUACCAUCACAAAAGAAUAUAGUCUCUCUAGGACAUCCUCAAAGUUGUCAUGUUCGGUGGACUAUGAUGGAAGGAAGCCAACAGAUAAUGCCAUCCUAAGAGACAUAGUGAUGCUUGAGAAUCAGAUACCUUUAUUUAUUUUGAGAAACAUGUUGGCAUACCAGUAUACAUUUGUAGAACCAUCUCAAGUGUUGGCUUCGAUGUUGCUGGAACUGUAUAAUUAUCUUUCUCCUUUCAAGGGGAAGAAGGAAGUGAAGGAUGUUCAAGCAUUGGUCCCGGAAUGCUUUCAUUUGCUUGAUUUUCUGUACCGUAUGAUUACACCAAUCUUGGCUAACAACCCAUCUGAGAUAAUGGAAGAUGAUCACAAUCACAAGGAACCCACCAAACAACACGUUGAAAGAAACUUUAAGCACUCGUUCUAUCCUGUCCGUGAACUGGGAAAGCAAAUUUGGAAGAUUCUUUCAAAGCUAAACAGUGGCCCUGCACAUUUAUAUAGAAUCAUAGUUGGUUCUAGACCUUUACAAGUGAUCUUCAAACUUCCCUGGACAAUCAUCUCCAAACUUCCUGGAAUUGGGAUUCUGUUAAAGCCUCUAGAACACUUAUGUUCGCUGAUAACUGGCAAGGAAGAAGAUGAUGAUGAUUCUCCAGAAGAGGGAAGUUCAAGAACACAUGGAAAAGAUAAACUUCCUUUGCUGGAGGAAAUAUCAAUUCCUUCAGUGUCUGAGCUGACUAAAUCAGGCGUUCGUUUCUCGCGCAGCGACGGCAUCUCGGCGGUGGCCUUUGACACAAAGGCAGUGAAAUUCCACCUUCCCACCAUUACUCUUGAUGUGAAUUCUGAAGUGGUAUUGAGAAACUUGGUAGCUUAUGAAGCUUCAAAACCAUCAGGGGGUUUGGUUUUCACCCGAUUCGUCGACCUAAUGAAUGGCAUCAUUGAUACUGAGGAGGAUGUUGAAUUGUUGACGGCGGCAGGAAUCAUUAGGAACCAUUUGAAGAGCAAUGCGGAAGUCACUAAGCUCUGGAAUGGGAUGAGCAAAUCCAUCAAGUCGACCAAGGUGCCGUUCUUGGAUAAGGCGAUUGAAGAUGUAAACAGGUAUUACAGCAGCAGAUGGAAGGUUAAAGCUAUGAAGUUGGUGAAGAAAUAUGUGUUUGCUUCAUGGCCAUUGCUUACGCUUCUGGCUACCAUUUUGCUGUUGGCCUUGACAGCACUGCAGGCAUUUUGCUCUGUCUAUAGCUGCUCUCGGUUUUCCCGUUAUCUCAAUACAGCCGAGGCCUAGCUGGUUCCCGUUUGCAUCCAACCUUUUCUUUUUCGAUUACUUCCGAACCAGUUGAUUCUCGAGCCAUUCGUUUUAUUUCUCUCUUUGUGGUUAUUAUCAAGAC